AUGAAUAACCAUGCAAGCGGGGAAAAUCUCAGAGAUGAGAUUGUGCAAGCUCAAAUGUGGUUUGGUGCUACUGGACAAGGGAAAAAAAGUUUCAACCAUACCCAAUGUUGGGAGGUGGUGAAGCAUUGUAAGAGAUUUAGCAUUAUUCCAACGGCUCCAACGGUGGUGUUAAAUGAGACGCCACUCCAUGAUUCACAAGCUUCGGAUUCGCCUAUGGAAUCCCCUAUGAGUGAAGACUCACCCAUUGAAAAGGAGCCGAGGCCUAUUGGGAGGAAGGCGGCGAAGGCAAAUAGAGGAAUUAAUUCUACGAGUAAUGCCUCUAAAUUUUUGGAGGAAAUUGCAAGGCAAAGCGCCUUGAGAAUUGAAAUAGACAAGAAAGUCCAAGAAGAUGAUAGGGCAAUGUCAAUAGAAUUUGCUAAAGAAAGGGAGUAUGUACGCAAAGAAAGGGAGUAUCAACACAAAGAAAAUGAAGAAAAGAAGGAUCGGGAAACCAUGGCUAUGGAUACAAGCCACAUGUCUCCUAAAACAAAACAAUAUUGGAAGCUAGAACGAAAGGCUAUUAUGAGACGAAGACUUUUUCGUGAUGAUGGACCUAGCAAUACGGAUUGGUUAAAUGAUGAAAACCCUUAA